CUCCCGGAGCCGGAACGGGCGCUGCGCGGGCGCUGCGCGGAGCAUGUCGGCGCUGCGGCGCAAGCUGGGCGACGAGUACCAGGUGGUGAGCACGUCGUCGAGCGGAGCGGGGCUGCCGCCACCCCGGGCCGCCCCGCGGGGCAAGAGGCAGCGCUUCGUGGACAAGAACGGGCGCUGCAACGUGCAGCACGGCAACCUGGGCGGAGAGACCAGCCGGUACCUCUCGGACCUCUUCACCACCUUGGUGGACCUCAAGUGGCGCUGGAACCUCUUCAUCUUCAUCCUCACCUACACGGUGGCCUGGCUCUUCAUGGCUUCCAUGUGGUGGGUCAUCGCCUACAUGCGGGGCGACCUCAACAAGGCGCACGACGACAGCUACACGCCGUGCGUGGCCAACGUCUACAACUUCCCCUCCGCCUUCCUCUUCUUCAUAGAGACUGAGGCCACCAUCGGCUACGGGUACCGCUACAUCACGGACAAAUGCCCCGAAGGCAUCAUCCUCUUCCUCUUCCAGUCCAUCCUGGGCUCCAUCGUGGACGCCUUCCUCAUCGGCUGCAUGUUCAUCAAGAUGUCCCAGCCCAAGAAGAGGGCCGAGACGCUGAUGUUCAGCGAGCACGCCGCCAUCUCCAUGCGGGACGGCAAGCUCACCCUCAUGUUCAGGGUGGGCAACCUCCGCAACAGCCACAUGGUCUCUGCGCAGAUCCGCUGCAAGCUGCUCAAAUCCCGCCAGACCCCAGAGGGCGAAUUCCUGCCCCUCGAUCAGCUGGAGCUGGACGUGGGCUUCAGCACAGGGGCCGACCAGCUUUUCCUCGUAUCCCCGCUCACCAUCUGCCACGUGAUAGAUGCCAAGAGCCCCUUCUAUGACCUCUCCCAGCGCAGCAUGCAGACGGAGCAGUUUGAGAUCGUCGUCAUCCUGGAGGGCAUCGUGGAAACGACAGGAAUGACGUGCCAAGCCAGGACAUCCUAUACCGAGGAUGAGGUGCUCUGGGGUCAUCGAUUCUUCCCUGUUAUCUCCUUGGAAGAGGGAUUCUUUAAAGUGGACUACUCCCAGUUCCACGCGACGUUUGAGGUCCCCACUCCACCGUACAGCGUGAAGGAGCAGGAGGAGAUGCUGCUCAUGUCCUCUCCCUUGAUAGCGCCUGCUGUGGGCAACAGCAAGGAAAGGAAUAACUCGGUGGAGUGCCUGGAUGGUCUCGACGAAGUUGGCACAAAACUACCUUCAAAACUUCAGAAAAUAACUGGGAGGGAAGACUUCCCAAAAAAACUCCUCAGGAUGAGUUCCACCACCUCUGAGAAGGCCUACAGCAUGGGGGAUUUACCCAUGAAACUCCAGCGGAUCAGCUCGGUCCCCGGGAACUCGGAGGAGAAACUGGUGUCUAAAACCACAAAGAUGAUGUCGGAUCCCAUCAGCCAGUCGGUGGCCGACCUGCCGCCCAAGCUGCAGAAGCUGUCGGGCGGCGGCAGGAUGGAAGGGCACCUGCCCCCUAAACUGCGUAAAAUGAAUUCGGAUCGCUUUACAUAACCCGACGGGACUCGGAACCAUCUUUGGAGCUCGAACUGCUACUUGGCAAGGGCAGCGUGGGCAGGAGAGCAGGCCCUCUGUGUGCUGAACUCUGUGGUCCCCGGCGCGCCGGGAGGCAGGAGCAUCCCCUCGGCAGCGGCGGCUGCGCUGUAAGUACGGACGGCAGGACGAUGGGCGAGCUGGUGUUCGUUGGCAUGUAGUAUCACAACGCGCAUGCAAUACUAGUGUGCAAUUCUUGCAUAUAGUUUUAUGGCAUGACUCCUACUAUAUUUAUACUGUAUGUCCUGAAAAAUUUGGAAAGGGGCUUCCUUUCCCCUGUGUUUCUGAAGAGGAAGGAGUUGGCAAAAACAUGUGAGUGGGUAACUUUCAGGGUAAGUCAUAAUUUGAUUUGAAAAUGGUUUGGGUUGGUUUUUCUUUCCUGGUGUGGAUUGUGAUGUUUUGUUCAACAAAGUCGUUACAGUGCAUGUGCUUUAUUUUCUUAAAAGAAGGCAUAUUAGUAAUUCCUCACACCAAAUCUGCUGGCCUUAAAACAACUGCCGGUUUCUAUUUUGCUUUAACGUUUUCUUGGAGUUUCUUUUCCUGCAUCUGGGCUACCAGAAAAAAAAUGCAAAUAUAUUUCAUAAGGCAUUGUUUAGAGACAAAAACUUGUAUCAAUGAGCCUAGGCAGAACAAUAAACACAUGAAUAAAAUUAGCAGUUUAGAUACGAUUAGUAAAAAUUUUUUAUAAUCUUGGUGAUUUAUACUAUAUGUGCAAGAAAACUACUUUAAAUAAGCAGGCGUGCCUGAUUUCUUAUGUUGAUGGAGUAGCUAAACGUGGAAAUACCUGCACGUCUCCAUGAAGCCAAGCAGGUAUUUAUUCUGGACGAACUGCACGCCAAAGGCAGAGCCACAAUUCCCCUGUAAUUCCGCAGUGUCCGGGUUUCCCUCCCUUGUGCUUUGACAGCCCAGCUGGGCCAGUAGUGACACAGGUGAUGGUGUGAGCUGUGGUCUCGUGGCCGGAGCUCUGUGGCGUCACAGCGAGUCCCAAGGCACGUGGUUCCUUGGCUGGCGGCUCUGCUGCCGGCAUUGUCGCUCCUUACUGCUUUCUCUAUGGUGAAAAUGAUGUUUAAACAUGUUCUUAACUGAAGUUGACCCUGUGGGUUUCGAAAUGAGUAAUACUUUGUAUAAAUGUUUGUUUUGAUAGUCUUCUGUGCUUGUGUUUGGGUUUCCAUCUCGUUGUGCUCUAGUAGGGUUGAGCCAGGAGGACUGGAUGUUGUGCGGGUGCCCUUGUCAUCAUGGCUUGUGGUGCUGGAGCACGCCACGCCAUCCCAGACCCUUCCCAACAUGCUGGAGGUUCGCUGUUGUGGUGCCCAUGGUCUGUGCUUGGGGCCCAAGUUGUGGUGGCUUCCUGGGGGCUCCUUCUCGUAGGAGGUCUGGGUGAGAUGAAGUGAUGAGUGGCACCAUCAGGGAGCCAGGUAUGAAAGCCACCUCUGGCAGCGGCCAGGAAAAGAGCUUAGAGUGACAUCAUCUGGAGGGAAAAAUACCCUUGAGACCCCAGCCAGGUGGUCCCACGCAUGGACACGCGUGGGUCAGGAGGUGCUCACAUAGCUGCAGUCAUGGAUGGGCUCUUCUGAUUCGCAGGCUUUGGACCAUCCUGCACAAAUGCUGACGCUUGCUCCAUAACUGAUAGCAACAAAUCUGAUGAUCUUUGAGGAAAAACAUUGGUUUUGUUAUAAAUGUCGUGGAAUAAGAACUCAGAAGCUCAGACACUGCUGUGGCUCAGUGCUUUCCCUGGAAGUUGCAGUGGAUGACCUGUCAAUUGUACAUCCAAGGACUUUAUACCGACUUCCAAAGUUCCUUUCGUCAUUUAUCAUGAUUUUUGAGCGUCACUGCAUGCUUUUUACACCUUUGGCUCUGCUGCAGUUCUCUGCACCCUAUUGUUGGAGGGCGUGCGUUGCUCCCUGUGUGCUGAUCCCGUGUUCUACCUGUGCAGUGAGCAGAUGGCUGAUGUGGCAAGGUAAAAUUGGGACUUCUUUUCUCCUGGUUGCUAACACUUCCUCAGGUUGUCUUGUAAAAUACUGCUGAUUUUUGUGCCACCUCUAACUCUUCUACCAGUCCUUGACUAACAGCAAAUAUAGCCAUGCAUAACUGCCAGGUGUCAGCGGUAAAAAUGCCACAACGGCCAAAACAGAGAGCCAAGAACAUUAAUCGACAUGGUAGAUGCUCAUCCAGUGGCACAGCCGAGCAAUGAGUCCUGCCAGCAGGCUUGAGCAGAUCGGUCUGGUUUUAGAGGAAAGGUCUCCAGCAACCUGACCUCUCCUCAAAAACUCCUCUGGUUUAUUUGAGGUGGGUGGGGAACUGCUGCCUCCUUCCUGGGAUGCUGCGGGAGUGUGACCCAAUCAACCCACUGCCAUUUGGUGACAUUGCAGUUGGACUAGAUCAUCGUUGUAGGUCCCUUCCAACUGAAAAUUCUCUCUUUCUCCUGGGGAUUGCUCAUCCUUGCUUAGUUCCCCUGGUGGAUGGUCCAAGGUCUGGUUGACUUUUCUUUAUGGAAAAAUGAAUGUGCCCUGUCCUCAGAAGAAGAACAAUGGUGUUUCGCCAGCCAUGUCCCGGGGCCACCACCAUCCUCCUUCCCAAAAGUCAUUGGGAAGGUGCUUGGCUUCCCAGGCCGGCAGCAGGGAGGGUGGCAGCUCAGUGGCUGCAGAGUCCUGCCUUUAGGAGAGCCAAGGGGCAUUUUCCUUUGGGAAGCAUUGGGUUGAAUCUGUGGACAAGAGCGAGUUGAGUAGGAGCAGUGUGGAUGCAUCCUACAAAUGGAAUUUAAAAUAGGUGACAGGGAGAACUGUUAGAGCUAUAAAAUAUCCUGCAGCAUACUCAGUUGCCUGUAUAAAACAAUCUGAAGGUAUGGGAGACACUGGGAAAGUAUCCUCACUUUUAUGAAAUUAAUGUCAUAGAAAAUAUUAAGUUAUGAUUAUCUAUAAAUUUUGAUAUUUUAAAAUCAAAGUAUGCCCCUGUCCUGGCUGGACAGGAGAUUUUUGAGGGCUGGGGCUCAUAUUGCAAUGCGUUGCUUAUGUUAAGGUGACAAAACAAGCGUCUUUCUUGACUAAGAGUGGAAGUACCAACACGGAUGCUAACUUUGUUUAGUUCUUGAUUUCAGGACACUACUUCUAGUUAAUAUUUCACUUCGACUCGUGUGGCCACUUCUUUUUUUGUUCCUAUUUAACAUUUUAGCCCAGCCCUAAUGCUUAACGCUAAGAAAAAGUGACUGAUUGCACAGCCGGUCUGUGUGCUCUACUGCUGGAUUUAUGCUUGAAUUCUGUUGUAAAUUGUACAGAGCCAAAUUAGAAGAAAGUCAAUGCAUUUUCUGGCAUGCAGUCUAUCCCUGUAUAAAUGUACAAGUUUAUUUGGAUUAUACAAGAUAGCAAACUCUUGUAUUCAUUAAUACUGCAAGCUCAGUUUUAUCUAAAGCUCUAUUAAACUUCAAACUGGUUCGGUUUCAAUGUGUUUGUCUUUUCUCUCACUCCCUUUUUAUUGCUGUAAUAAAUGCGUGUGUAUUCAAGCUGCUGAAGGGCUUCUGAUUUCACAGUCGGCGGGGGCGAAAGGCCAAGCUCUUGAUUGCUCUUAAACCCAGUAAAAACAGAGCCUGAGUUCGGUCAAGGGGUGCUCUCGGGGUCGCUGUGACUGAGCCCAGCGCCAGGAGCGCCGAGUCUUCCGGGAGGACAGCGAAGAGCAGAGCGCAGGUACGUGCUGAAACCCUCCGGGCUGUGUCGUUCCAGCAGCCCCAGUGCCCCGCAGGAUUCGCUUGGUGUUCAUUGAUGAAAUCCCUUCUCUGCAGCGCAGAGACCGGGAGCUCCUUUUCUCUGCAUUGAGAAGGAGAAAUUUUGAUGGUUAUCUCCCGCAUCCAGCCCCAGAAAUUAAAGCUGCAGAAAUCAAUAGAGAUCUCAGGUCUCUCCCGUUAGGAGAGCAGACCUUUCUCUUUGGUUUAUACUAUAAAUUACCCUAUUCGUGGCUGGGUAUCGCCACUCAGUGUGGGCAAAAUAUGUUCUGUGCAGAGGAAAUAAGAAUGACAAAGGCUGUGUGAUGAUAGCUGACAUCUCGACUCCUUCCCCUCAGGAGGCUCUGGAGGAAGGUUACGAAAGCGUAACGUGCUUUGUGUUUCCCAGUUCAGCGCUCUCCUUGCCCUGAGUCCCAGCCUCAUAUCGCUGGGCCACCACAGUGUAAGGUCACCCCUAUAUAUACGCUUGUCCCUAUAUCAAGGAAUCAUGGAAUGGUUUGGGUUGGAAGGGACCUCAAAGCCCACCCAGUCCCACCCCUGCCAUGGGCAGGGACACCUCCCACGGGAUCAGGGGCUCCAAGCCCCGUCCAACCUAACCUUGAAUGUAUUUUUUCCAUAGUGUUAGAAGUGACGGGAUCGUAAAAGCUGGACAUUCCUUCGUGGGUUCUUGCAUCUGGUUUCCACUCAGUUUUAUUCUUGUUAUUUCCACAUCCCCCAGUGCAAUAGCGCUGGAAUACCUGUAUCUGCUAGCAGAUAGCCCAGCUUCCAAGGCACAUCCUUGGGAAUCAAGGAGCCAUCCUGCAGCUGCCUGUGUUAAAAGCGCUGCAAACCGAGGUGUCAGUGCUGCUCUUGGUGUGAUUGCAUUAUAGGCUGCAGCAGCACAGGGAAACACAACAGCACAGGGCUGGAGCAGUCCUGCAGCAUCAGGCGCAGAACACAUUGUAGGAAAUGGCCUCAAGUUUCACCUGGGCAUGGUUAGACAUAGCUGCAGGUUAGACAGGAGGAUAAACUCCUUCACCGAAAGGGUUCUCAGGCCCUGGCAGAGGCUGCCCAGGGCGGUGGUGGAGUCCCCAUCCCUGGAGGGGUUUAAAAGACAUGUGGAUGAGGUGCUUGGGGAUGGUUCAGUAGUGGGCAGGUACGGUUGGAGUGGGUGAUCUCAAAGGUCUUUUCCAACCAAACGACUCUAUGCUUCUAUGAUUCGUUUAUUUCCUCAGUUGAAACAAAGUGAGUUUGUGGUGACUACUUGGAGAUAUGAAAAUGAAUUUGAGGGUGGGUGUUAAAUACCUGCACAGGAAGCACAUCUGCCUGGGAGGAAGGAUGGGAAAGAAAGAGAAUUGUAAGAGCUCAUAUGGAAAUAUCUUUCACCCCGUGUCGGGGCAAAUGAGAAGAAUUUGAACACCUUUCCACGAGGUGUGAGGGCUUUGUUCCGCUCAUGGUGAGGAGAAGGUGGGGGUGUUGCCAGGGCAGAGUUUGAGCUCUGAACCCCAGCGGGGCAGGAUUGACGGAUCAGGUCAGCACUGAAGGGAGCUAAAAACAUAGAUUUAAAACAAAUAUUAAAUGGGGCACCAGGCGGCCCCUGCAGGCACUGCCCGUAGCGGGCAGGAGGGGUGGCUCAACAUCUGUCUGUGAUAACAGGAACACCAGUUCCAGGGAUUUGAGGUGAGUUACAGUUAUGCUUCUCAGCUCAUGAAAAGGCAAAAAAUAAAUGAAGAGAAGGAGAAGAAAGAGAGAGAGAGGGGCAGUGAGAGAGGGAACCUAUCCUUUCCUGGUAGCCUAAUCUUUGUGUAGCUCUAAGUACUGUUUAGCCUGAGUGCAAUACUGGUUUUGUUAAUCUGUUUACACCAUCUCCACGCACUCUCUUAUUGCUGCAAAAAAUGCACUUGAAUUACUGCUCCCCAGACAAACAUCUGUGCCUCAUCCGUCAGAGGCUGGAAGGCCCUCGCUGAGCAUCGCAACCGCUACAGCCCACCCAACGGCUGAGAGAGAGUGAUGGGCUUCAACGCCAUCGCUUGGGUACUGGUUGGGACGGCCAGGCAUCUUAUCCCAUCCACGCUGCAGCCCUUCCUCAUGAGCGAGGCAGGGAAAUAGGGUUCUCCCAUUUCACAGCUAUAGUUGUUUGAUUCUAGACAUUAUCGAGCUGCACAUCCCCUGGCUGAGACUUCUUGGACUGUUUCAUCCACCAGAGACCCACAUCAGGACCAGACGGGUGCACCUCCCUGGAGGAGGAGGCUCUCUUGACCCACGUACCGUCACCACGUAGAGUCAUCCCCUUAGCCAAGAAGUCCAUUCAUAGCAAUCAUGGACUGUGGGCAUCACCAAGUGAUCCAUGGAGAUAACUCCAAUGCCAUGAGGAGGUUCUCACUCUUAAGCACAGUUUAUGGUCAUGGUAACUGGGCAGUUUGGUGAAAUCACCGAGACUAGCAGCACUUCGCUCCUGUUGGAUGGGGGAUGCAACUGAGAAGGAAGCAGAACACCACACGUGACCACCAGUUAUGCAAUUUAUCUUUGAAACGGCUUGGCCAACCCACGCCAGGAGGUCCACCGGCACUUGCCAUAGCCAUGCAGCUGCUUAUGUUUUGGUGCCCAUUUCUAUUUGUUCCAGUAACGGGCUUUGCCCAGCUGGUGGAGGUUUGAGGAACAGCGUGAACUUGAUGUAAGGAUGAGAUGUUCUGGUGACUGCAAACAUCGUGGGCUCAGUGGAGCUUUGUCUGUGUAUCCAGGUACAGGAGGUAAGGCAACAUAGGUAAGAAAACAAAAUACAUGUAUAUAAAAUAUCAUACGUAUAUACAUAUAUAUAGCAUACAUAUAGUAAUUACAUAUAGGUUCCUAAGAAAAUAUAUGAUGUGAUGUGCAUGUAUCCAUAAUCCUACAGGUAAGAGCAGUCAAUAGAGCUGUUCAAUAAUUCAGAUUUAUUCCCUGUUUCCCCUCUUGAAACGUUUACAUUUAUUUCUGUCUAAAAAUGUUUGUAGGUUUAGCUCAGCUUUUUGGGCACCGCCUUUGGAGUCGGGGCUUUGGAUUCAUUCCACCCCGACUGUGUGCGAUGGAAAGCUUGUGACAGAUGGACAGGCACGCGAAAGCGAGAAAGCGCGGGAGAGCUGUUGGAAUAACCCGGGGAGACUUUUGUCUUGGCAUCCUCCAGACUUUCCCUGGGAAGGCUCCAGGCGUCAUCUCCUUAAGCAUUCUUGGAGCCUUCAUGAGGAACAAAGGAAAGAAAAGCCGAAUUAAUGCACGGCCCAACACAGGGACAAAAG